AUGGUCGUGGCGACGGUCCAAAGCCGCCUCGGGGGCGGCGCGCCCCCUUAUCCCUUAUCGCAUCGCGCGUGCGGCGCGGGGGCGCGGGGGCGCAGUCAGCAGUGGACUUGCGCUCUGCUGAGUGCGCGCUCCGGCCGCGGCCGCGCCCGCGCCCGCGGGGCCGCUGCGCCCGCGCGCCACUCCGCCGCCAUGCUGCCCCCGCCGCGCCCGCUCCUGGCGCCACUGCUGGCGCCGCUGCUGGCGCUGCUGCUGGCGGCCGCCCUGGCACCCCGCCACGCGCGGCACCCGCGCUUCCAGCCAUUGACGGAGGAGCUACAGGGCGCGUCAACCGGCGGCGCGGCCGUGGUGAACCUGCCCGAAGUGGCUGUGCCGGAGCUCGGGCCAGCGACGGAGCUCAGCCGCUACGAGCACUUCUCCCUCUUCAUCCCGCGCCAUCGAAGGAUGGCCAAACGCCUCGUCGAAAUAUUUCUGGGGAUGCCGCGCUACGAGGACUUCCUGUCGGCGAGCGCCUUCUGCCGGGAGCGCAUCAACCCGUACCUGUUCGCGUACGCGACGUCCGUGGCCAUCCUGCACCGGCCCGACACGCGCAACGUGCCGGUGCCCAACGCCGCCUGCCUCUUCCCGCAGAAGUACCUGGACGGCUCCGUCUUCCCGCGCAUCCGCAUGGAAGCCAACGUGCUCGGCCCCGGCCAGCGGGAGCCCAUCAUCAUCCCACGUGACUGGACGGCCACGGACCUGGAGCCUGAGCACCGCGUCGCCUACUUCCGGGAGGACAUUGGCAUCAACCUGGCGCAUUGGCACUGGCAUCUCGUCUACCCGUUCGAUGGCCCUCGCGUCGUCGUCGACAAGGACCGCCGCGGCGAACUGUUCUACUACUUCCACGAACAGAUCAUCGCCAGCCGCGUGUGGCCCCCGCGCCAGGCAGACGCGCGCCUCCAGGAUGUGCAGCGCGAGGACCAGGCGCUGGUGUUCGACAUCCUGGACCUGGAGCGCUGGAGGGACCGCAUCAUGGAUGCCGUGCACUCACGCCGCGUCGUUGCGGAUUCCGGGGAGACAGUGGCGCUGGACGAGGUGCGGGGCAUCGACAUCCUGGGCAACAUCCUGGAGUCGAGCGCCAUCUCCAUCAAUCGCAACCUCUACGGCGAUCUGCACAACUUCGGCCAUGUCGCCAUCGCCUUCUCGCACGACCCUGACAACAGGCACUUGGAGCCGUUCGCAGUGAUGGGGGAUUCCACUACUGCGAUGCGUGACCCGAUCUUCUACCGCUGGCACUCCUUUGUGCAGAGCGUCUUCGACGAGCACAAAGCCACGCUGCCGCGUUACACCGUGGAUCAGCUGUCGUUCAGCGGCGUGCAGGUGCUGCGCGCGGAGGUGCAGACGGUGGGCGGCACGCGGCCGAACGAGCUGCGCACCCACUGGCAGCAGAGCGACAUCGACAUCUCGCGCGGGCUGGACUUUGCGCCGCGCGGCCCGGUCUUCGUGCGCGUCACGCACCUGCAGCACGUGCCCUUCGUGCACCGCAUCCAGGUGCGCAACACGGCGGGCGGCGUGCGCGAGGGCACGGUGCGCAUCUUCCUGGCGCCGCUGAUGGACGAGCGCCGGCUGCCGCUCAGCUUCCGCGACCAACGCCAGCUCUUCAUCGAGCUCGACAAGUUCCGCGUGCGCCUGGACCCCGGGGUGAGCAACAUCGUGCGCUGGCACAACCAGUCGUCUGUGACGAUCCCACCGGAGCGCACCUUCCGCAAUCUGGACCAGCGGCCGCCGGGCCCCGCGGGCGCGCGCUUCGACUACUGCGGCUGCGGCUGGCCGCAGCACAUGCUGCUGCCCAAGGGCACCACGGAAGGGCUGCGCGCCGUGCUCUUCGUCAUGGUCUCCGACUACUCCGCGGACCGCCCGGCGCGGCCGAACGCGUGCUCGGACGGGCACAGCUACUGCGGGCUGCUGGGCCAGCGCUACCCCGACCGGCGCGCCAUGGGCUUCCCCAUGGACCGCAUGCCGCGCCCCGGCGUCAACACCCUGCAGGACUUCCUCACGCCCAACAUGGCGGUGGCCGAGGUGGUGGUGCGCCACGAGGACCGCACGACGCCGCCCCGGCCGAUGCCUUAUAUUUUAUGUAAUAUAAUGCUUGUAUUUCAAGUAAAAUUCACUGCCAUUAAUGAAAAUAGCAUUUUUGAUACAUAUUUAAUAUAUAAUAAGAGUACUAUUUCAACCAUAUGCCAUAUAUAA